AUGGGUCUCAAGGCCUCCUCUUCUCUCCUCUGUCUCGCCAUUUUACUCGGUGUUUCCUCUCUUGUAUCAGCUGUUAACAUAACCCGAGCACUCGAGAAAUACCCUGAAUUUAGCACCAUGGUCGAGCUUUUCGCCAAGACCGAACUCAUCAACGAUGCUAUUGGUUCCAUCUCUGGUAGACCUGAGGAGGAGCUCAAGAACAUUCUUAUGAACCAUGUGGUUCUUGACUACUACGAUGAGCUUAAGCUCAAGGCUCUCAAGGACAAGAGCACAUUGCUCACUACCCUUUACCAAUCCACCGGUUUGGGCCAGCAGCAAAACGGUUUCCUCAACUGUUCCAAAACUAAUGGAAAGAUUGUCUUCGGGUCUGCUGUGAAAGGCGCUCCUCUAACCGCCGAGUACAUCACGACCGUGUUCCGCAACCCGUACAAUCUCUCUGUGGUCCAGAUCAGCAUGCCCAUCGUGGCUCCAGGACUUGAGUCUCCGGUUAAGGUUCCUCCACCACCACCCAUGACUUCACCACCGGCUCCAUCUCCCAAGAAGGCUGGAGCCACUCCAGCUCCUGGACCAGCUGAGGAAGAGGAUUACGCAGACGCUCCUCCUGGUGCAGCUCCAGAAACCGCACCAGCAUCAGCUCCAUCAGAAGAUGGUUCUCCUGCUCCGGCUCCAGAAAAUGCUGGUAAGAAGAAGAUGGCAGCAGCUGAUGAGGUUGAACCACCUAGUUCUGCUUCUAACACCGCUUUGAGCUUUGGUGCUGUUCUCUUUCUCGGGUUUGUGGCUAGCUUUGCUGGGUUCUAA